UGAAACCCGCCCAAUACAUAAAACUUGUCCAAGGGGGAGCACCCACCAAAUCAAUCAAGAAUGGCUGCCGGAUCCGAUGCUUCAUCUGCCGCCGGCGACACCUCUAAUAGGGGCAUGACGGUUGAAGAAUGCGAAAACAUGAUUCAAAGAAGCCUUAGAAGUCCAACAGUGAAGUUUUUGAGAGAGCAUUUGGUAAAAAGUGGGUGCGAUAUUUCUUCCAAUUUUAUAAAGGCUGUUAAUUGCAGUCAGCGAAUGAGUGGUGGUUAUGUUCGUGGUGAAGGGAUAAUGGUAUGCAGUAAUCACUUGACUAUUCAAGACGAGGUAACUCAAGUUGUUAUCCAUGAGUUGAUUCAUGCAUAUGAUGAUUGUCGAGCUGCAAAUUUGGAUUGGACUAAUUGUGCUCAUCAUGCCUGUAGUGAGAUCCGUGCGGGGCAUCUUAGUGGCGACUGUCACUAUAAGAGAGAGCUAUUGCGAGGUUUUGUCAAAUUAAGAGGCCAUGAACAAGACUGUGUGAGAAGAAGAGUAAUGAAGUCAUUGGCAAGCAAUCCUUACUGUUCAGAAGCAGCGGCAAAAGACGCAAUGGAAGCGGUCUGGGACACAUGCUAUAAUGAUACGAAACCGUUUGACAGAGCCCCUUGACAAUGAUAUUCUUGUCAGUGCCAUUAUUUUUGGUUUUUCACAAACUUCAAACUAUGUAAUUUCAAGAAGACCAAGCAUUAUCUUCAGGAUUAACAUAGUAUUAAAUUGAAUACCAUUAGUAUUUAGGGAGAAUUCACUUUGAAACAACUGUUCCCCAUACAUACAUUGUAAUAAUUAAUUUCACAUCAAUUUUCGCGGUGAUAUUCAAGUA